GUGUAAUUAAGCAACACUACUUAGAGCAGUUUACCUUUUGCCGGUCAUUCGACAUACACAACAUUCGUAAUUAUAAUAUAGCCGGCUUUUAAAACAAUGUGCACAACAAACCACGGCGACGGAAGAAUUUCGCAUUCUGUGCCUGGCAGCAAUACUUGUAACAUUAUUCGAGGAAUAGCAUUUAACAUGAUCAAACACGCAUUCCUUGUCUUCAGAACAUAUCUGGACUUAUUCAUUGAUUACAUAUUCUCUCUUUACUGGGAAGCAAAGAGGACACCUUUGCCAAAUUUGGAAAAAAAGCAUAUUGUACUUAAGGAGGAUGCUGUGAGCAUUGCUGCAAAGAUCAGAAAUAGACAGUUAAAGUCUGAAGAUUUGGUUCAAAUGUGCAUUGAAAGAAUAAAAAUUGUCAAUCCAAUACUGAACGCCGUCACAGAUGAGCGUUUUGAAGAGGCUUUAGAAGAAGCGCGCGAAAUCGACCGGAUGCUUGAUGAGGGACUCUCAGAAGAAUAUCUCAAGAAGAAACCAUUCCUUGGUGUUCCGUUUACGGCGAAAGAGAGUCACGCGGUGAAGGGCCUGCUCCACACGUUGGGCAUCAAGGCGCGGGCGCACGUCCGCGCGCACGAGGACGCGGAGUGCGUGCGCCUCAUGCGCGCGGCCGGCGCCCUCCCGCUCGCCGUCACCAACGUGCCAGAGAUCAACAAAUGGUGUGAAACUCGCAACAUGGUGUUUGGUCAGACCAACAACCCGUAUCACGCCGGGCGCACCACGGGCGGGUCCAGCGGGGGGGAGGCCGCGCUGAUGGCCGCCAUGGCGACACCCAUAUCGUUAUGUUCGGACAUCGGCGGGUCCACGCGGAUGCCGGCGUUCUACUGCGGCUUGUUCGGCAUCAACCCCACCGCCGGAUAUACCAGUCUUAAAGGCUCGGCACUGCGCUCCGGUAAAGAUGACACCAUGGCGUCGAUAGGGUUCGUUAGCAGACACAGCUGCGACCUCGCCGCGCUUACCAAAGUCAUCCUGGCCGACAAGGCUGCUGAGCUGGACUUGGACAGGCCCGUGGACCUCAAGACGAUCAAGUAUUAUUACCUGGACACGGCCCAGGACCUGCGCGUCAGCCCCAUCCAGCCGGAGCUCCGGGAGGCCAUGGACAAAGUCAUAAGUCAACUAAGCGAGGAGGGGUCGAGCGCCCGGCGCUACCAGCACGCCGGCCUCGACCACAUGUACGCGCUGUGGCGGCACGCCAUGACCAGGGAGGCCGACGUGUUCGGGCGCCUCCUCACCAACAACCAAGGAGAGGCCAGCGCGGUCCUCGAGCUGCUCAGGAAGCUGACAGGACAGAGCGACUACACGUGGGCGGCCGUACUGAAGCUGCUGGACGACCAGGUGCUGCCCCGGGUCAACGCCGACUGGGCUGACCGCCUCACCGCAGCACUCAGGGAGGAUCUCUUGAAGACUCUCGGUACGGAUGGUGUGCUACUGUCCGCGAGCGCCCCGCAGCCGGCUCCCUACCACGCCGCGCCGCUGCUGCGACCCUUCAACUUCGCCUACUGGGGGAUCUUCAAUGUACUCAGGUUCCCCGCUGUGCAGGUACCGUUAGGGCUGAACAGUGAGGGCAUUCCCCUCGGCAUCCAGGUGGUGGCGGCGCCCGCGCAGGAGGCGCUCUGCCUCGCCGUGGCGGAGCACCUGGCCAGGACCUUCGGGGGCUACGUGCCUCCGUGCAAGAUUAUAGAUACAUAGCUUGACUGUUUUAUGCCAAUACUAGCCGUACUCGCCCGCUUCGCUAGGCAUUUAAAAUUAACAUUAUUAUUUUUUGUCAUUAUUAUUAGGGAGUCCGACACUCGUAUAACAAAUA